CGCGAUCAUUUGGUAGUCAGUUUUAUUGACUGACGUUUAAUGAUUCGCCAGUGUGAAGGGAUUUGAUAAAAUGUAUAGAUUAUUAAAGUUACCCGGUAUUACUAUAAAAAAUGUCUGCAAAUCUCAAGGUAUUCAAUAUGCUCCCAGGACCUGCUCUUAUUGCAAUUUUUGUCAUUAUUACUACAUGCUGAAAUCUUGGCAACAUUUGCAAGCUAGAUAUCAAUCAACAACUAUUAAUACUGUCAUGCUGAAUUCCACAACAAAGAGGAAGCUUAAAAGACGUGUUAAAAAAUAUGCAGAACUUGUGGAAGUCACAGAUUCGAUAACUAGCAAUAGAAAAGCAGCAAUACAGCAUCUCAAUGCAACCCAACUUUCUAUUUUAGUUGAUCAACCUGAUAUCACAUUAGAUAAAUUACACAAAAUAAAAGAUGAGCAGUUAUUGAGAAAAAAUCAAAUGAAAAAUAAAUGUGUUGUUACUAGCUCAGAUAACUCUGUGGAUAAAAUAUAUGACCCAGCAAAGGAUACUAAUAUAAUUGAACAAAAUCAUGAGAUGAUACUAGAUGAAGAAAAUACAAAAGAAGAAAGUGAAAUUCUUAUAGAAGAUUUGAAGUCAUCUGGUAUCAUUGAUGAAAUUGCAUUAAUUAAAAGUUCAUCGCUUUUGAAUUCUAUGCGUGAUUCUGGAAAGAUUGAUACAGAGAAUGCUUUAGUUUCUACAAGAGAGGAAUUGACUCACUUUGAAGAAGAAUCGAUAGGAAAAAUAAUUGAUGAAAAAAAAAAAGCUAGAGAAGCACUAAUCUAUGAAGAGAGGUUAAUACAAUUCAAUAAAGUACUUUUAGGAUAUAUCAGUGCUUGCGUAAAUAGUAGUAACCCAGAAUAUGCACUCAAAGCUCUUCGCAGCUUUGCAGAAAAAAAGAGAAACAAGAAAAAAUUGUUGUAUAUAAAUGAUGUUUCUCUAUUUAAUUUGUUUUUAGAAAAAUUGGCAUCGAAAUCAGACUUAAAAGGUAUCUUGGAAUUAUUGCAAUUUUUGAGAGAACACAAUUUCAAGCUCAAUGCUCAAACAUAUGCAUAUGUCUAUGAAUGUAUUGGACGAUUGGAUAAUGAUAAUCAAACAAAACUGAAUUUAUCGAGAGAAAUUCAUGAAGAAAUGAUUAAAGAUGGUAUAUCUUUCAAUGACAUCAUAACUAAGUCUAUGUUUUUCCAUGACCAAAGGGUAUUCGUUGAGGAUGUUAUAAAAUUGCUGGGCAAUCAAUUUAAACCAACUUACAGCACACCGGAUACUAGAUAUGACUGCAGACUAUUAGAGAGACUGAACGAAGAAGAGACGACCCCUUCAAGUACAGUAGAAGGAUUGUUAAAGUUAUCUGACCUAGAAGACCGAUUGAAAAAGCAAAUUAAAGCCGAAAUUGAUGGUGAACUAGUAGUUAAAAACAUCUCAAAGCAGAAAGUUACAAGUCAUAGUGUGAAAUUCUAUAGAAAUACAUUGUGUAGUAUUGAAAAACAUUGGGAAAAAGUUGCAUUCAGCGCAUUCAAAAGGCAUUUUGAGGCCUUAAGGAAUCGUGAAAAAUUUAGGAAAUCCACAAAAUUGGUACUUUUUCCGUAUUUAGCAGUUUUAAAGCCGGAAGACUACGUUUCUAUAAUCAUGAGAGAAAUAAAAAAAUUAGGAAUGGGCUCAGAAAUGUACAGUUUACCCUUUUAUUCAUUAUGUCGUGUAAUUGGUAGUCAAGUGUUCAAGAUGUACGAGGCGAAGAUGAAAGAGAAGAACGGAACUAACGAGAAAACUUCAGAGGUUUAUAUUGCAUACUGCGAUUGGUUUUUAAGUAGAAAAGACAAACUGAAUGGACGCGUUAAAUGGACAUUGCUAGAACACGAAGCAAAUAAAUAUGGCGUGACAAUUGGCGCCGCAGUACCAACAUGGCCAAACUAUGUACACUUGAGUGUUGGCAAAUUUUUAUAUAAUAUUAUUUUCAAUGACAUUAAAAUCGAUAGCAACAUAUUGAAGCAAAAUAAAAGUAAUGCGCACGCGAAGCAUGUAUCGGCAUUCUUCAAGAUAUUUCGACACUGCGGAAUCAGUUUGAAAGAAGAAGUAAAGCCGCACCCUCUUGUAGCCAAACUUUACAGAGAAUCGCAACCGGAAACUCUGGCGUUCGAUACAACGCUGGUGCCGUGUUUGUGUCCACCUCGUCCUUGGAUAAACAUACGUAGCGGAGGAUACAUUGUUACAGACACCGAGAUAAUUCGAGUUAAUCACACUGGGGCUCAGCAGUGGGAGCUAUUGCGUAAAACUCCAGUGAAUAAGCUUUUUCCAGCUUUGGACAGUUUGAAUCAACUAGGCUCCAUACCGUGGGCUAUCAACUCUCCUAUUCUCGACGUUGCUAUUAAGGUGUUUCAAGACAAUGGAUCCAGCAAGUUGAACAUGCCUCAGCCUCCUUCGGUUCUCAAGGCUAUUUUGCCCGCGCCGAAGUGCGCGAGCUCUGCAGAGAAGAGACAAAUAGACAAGGCCAGAAUUGAGUUGAAGAGAAGAAAAAACGAAAUGUACUCUCUAUGGUGUGACGCUUUAUACCGAUUGUCAUUGGCGAAUCACUUUAGGAAUGAUAUAUUCUGGCUGCCGCACAAUAUGGACUUUCGAGGUCGCGUUUACCCUGUGCCACCCCACUUGAAUCACCUUGGAUCCGACUUGGCCAGGUCGAUGCUGGUAUUUGCAUUGAAAAAACCCCUGGGACCGAAAGGUCUCGAUUGGCUCAAGUUACACGCGAUCAAUCUGACUGGAUUCAAGAAAAGAGAUCCAAUUAGCGAGCGCUUGCGAUACGCUGAUGAGAUUAUGGAUAAAAUUCUCGAUAGCGCUGAAAAGCCGUUGAGUGGCGCCAUGUGGUGGUCGACGUCGGAAGAACCAUGGCAAACUCUGGCAGCGUGCAUGGAAAUAGCGGCUGCGCUCAAGUCGCCAGAUCCUGAGAAGUACGAAACGGGUUUUCCAAUUCAUCAGGACGGCAGCUGUAAUGGACUGCAACACUAUGCAGCUCUAGGCAGAGAUGAAAUCGGUGCCAAGAGUGUUAAUUUGUAUCCUUACGAUUCUCCGCAAGAUGUAUACAGUAGCGUAGCAGCGAUGGUGGACGAUAUGCGUAGAAAGGACGCUGCCGAGGGUAACCAGGUAGCGAAAAUUUUGGAUGGCUUCAUCCGCAGAAAAGUCAUCAAACAAACGGUCAUGACGACAGUUUAUGGAGUCACCUGGUUUGGGGCCAAAUUACAAAUUGCUCGACAAUUAAAAGACAUGCCCGAUUUUCCUCAAGAGCAUUUGUGGCCAGCCUCGAUAUACCUUGUGCAAAAGACCUUCCAAACUCUUAGAACCAUGUUCAAAAGCGCUAGGGAGAUCCAAGAUUGGUUUACAGAGUGUGCUCGUCUGGUGUGCGCUAGUCGCGAGCAAAACAUGGAAUGGGUAACUCCCCUGGGUUUGCCGGUGGUACAACCGUACAGUAAAUUUUGCCAACCACCAACUAAUCAAACCAUUUAUACGUACUUUUCUCCGGACUCUUAUCGGAAGCCUAAUAUGAUGAAGCAGAAAAAUGCUUUUGCCCCAAAUUUCGUCCACUCGCUCGACUCUAGUCAUAUGAUGCUUACAAGCAUCCAUUGUGAACGUGCUGGCAUUAUGUACGUAUCUGUACACGACUGCUACUGGACGCAUCCAUGUUCUGUAGAAAUAAUGAACAAAAUUUGCCGAGAGCAAUUCGUUGCCUUACAUUCAGAACCUAUUUUAGAAGAUCUAUCAAGGUUUUUAAUCAACAAAUUUAGUUUCGAUCAAUUUGAAACCCAACAGGAGAAAAAGAGCAACGCCAAGGCAAUGCAGCAGAACCUUCGAAAACUUAAGUUGAAUGAAACUCUAGCAAGAGUGCCGCGACAAGGCGAUUUCAAUCUUGAAAAAGUUUUAGACUCGAUUUACUUUUUUAGUUAACUUUUAGCCAAGAAAUUUUAUGAAUAUCUAUAAAGCCAAUAUAUGAAAUUGCAUAAAGAUGGCUUCUCAUUAAUUACCGAGCUUUAAAAAUGUACAGCAAAUAGUACAUUUUUUCUCAGAAGCAGCGGAAUCUGAUCAGAUAUUUGGAAGAAAUGCUCUUAGGAUCAGAUCUUUGCUAAAGUGACAGAGAUAACAAAUAAGCUCAUUUGAUGUGAUUUGUUUUGAACUUGUUAAAUUAGCCGCGUUUAUCCGAAAAGCCCCAUUCAUUCGAAUGCACAUGUUUGUUGAUAUACUCAAGAAAUCUUGAAAAACGACAAUUUGGUUAGAUUUGAUCAUUGAAGGAACUAUUGCUUUACUACAGAGAAAUGCAUUAAAUGGUGGGUUAAUCAUGUGAUACGACAAAAUAUGUUGCUAUAUAAUAAGUUUUUGAAUGUAAUAUUUGUAUAGUAGGUAAUUCUGUUUUACAAUCGAAUAAAAUUAUUUUUAGAAAUAAUAGAACAAAUGUAUUAUUUAACGCAAUGAAUUAUAGUCGAGUCGGUUUACGAUAAAAAUUAGAUUUCUUUCAUUAUUUGUGAUGUGAAUAAUUUUAUUAAUCCAUAUAGAUAAUAUAGAAUUAGUCUACGAUAUACCACAGUAUAAAAGUGGACAUCUGCUGUAUUCCAUGUUUUUCUAUAGGCAUACGUAAAAAUACGUAAUCAAUGACGCGCCGGACCUGGUCAGGCCGUAUGCUGCUAUACUAUCUGAGAUUAACAAAAGUAAGAAGUAUUUGAAAAUAUUAACUAGUUUAAAUAGAAAUACGUAAAAUGAGGGAUAUACUCUAAAUAAUACUAUAGCAAAACGUAGCAAAUAACAAACAUGUAUAAAAAUUACAAUUAUCAAAUAAGAACUAAAGGAUGAUAGAACAAUAACAAUUGUUAUGCAUUUUACAAUGACGAUUACAGGCCUAAAUAUUAAUAAAGAAUAUCGGCAAAUUGUUCUCGUUCUAAUUUCUUAAUCGACAAGCUACUAGCUAUUAAUAAGCAAAAAGUUUUAUACGUGACAAGUAUUAGUUAUCCUAAAGAGGCUGAAAACAUAUUUAGCAAAACGUCGAAUUUU